AUGAGGACAAUCAUUUUCAUUCUAUCACUAUGUGGACUCAGUAAUGCACAAUUCACUAAUCCUUACACUGCAGAGCAAUGUGCUUCCAGACUGGCCUGUUCGCUGAAUUACAGCAAAAUAUUCGAUUCCAAAAUCAAUGAGCUGACUUAUCACCACAACUUAGAUCUGUACGCACUUCGCAACUAUGUUAAUGGAAAGCUACUACCUCUUGAACAUGAAACGGAAGUUUUAAAAUUGAAUACCUCGGCCAUGUUGGAAAGUUUUGGGCGGGAAAUUUCAAACACCCACACCACGUUGAAUCACGAUCGGGAAUUCAUGAGUAAUCUUUCUCAUGGUCUUAACGCUUUGGGUAAAUCUCUUCACGGCGAGAUAGCGGUCCGUAUGGAUGAUGUCCAUCGACUGAUAGUAGAGGUCAAGGACGUCCAGCAUACGCUGACACUGCUGCAGACGCAGAUUAAUGAAUUAAAGGGAAUUAACGUGACUGGGCACACACUACAAGUUGUACAACCGGCACAACCUUGCAAAGCUGAUAAUGCCACAAUAGAUGAACUAAAUGAGCUUAGAAAAAAUAACACCUUCUUGGAGAGGGUGUACAAGUUUGCCACAGCUUCCUUAAGGAAUUUGACGUCAGUAGUUGCAGCCCGAGACAAGAAGAUCUUAGCGUUACAACGAGAGAUACAGUCCUUGCAAAGUCAAUCCUCCAAACCUCUUAUAUCCAGCACAUGUGAUACCCCCCUUGGAAUGGCCAAUGGAACAAUAUCCGACUCUUCUAUUACUGCCAGCGAGUCUCACGUUAACUACAGCCCCGCCGGAGCACGCAUCAACAGCCAGACUGGUUGGUAUACCAAUGACAAGUCCGUUUCACAUGACUGGAUCCAAGUAGAUUUGGGAGAGAAAAAAUACGUCACAAAAAUUGCCACUCAGGGAGCCCCAUGCUGUGAUGUUCGAGUGACAAACUAUACCAUACAGUACUCCGCUGACGGUGUUAAGUGGAGGGACCUCCAAGAAAACUGCCAGAAAAAGUACUUUGACGGUAACACUGACCAGACUUCCAUCAAACUUCAGAACAUUGAUCCGCCUCUUCUAGCACAACACAUUAGACUAAAUGUGGUAGACUUCAACAGGAAAUCCAACAAUGCGAACAACUAUGUGGGCAUGCGAUUUGAGUUGUACGGAUGUUCUUUCAAGCCUUAG